AUGUAUGACUUUUCGUCAAACCCUUUGCUCACCAACAUUCAAAAACCACAACAACAGGGAAAAGAGCCAACCACUGCAUCCAAGAUUUCAUCGCAUCAUCAACCAAAACAGCAAUUAGCAACAUCGGAUUCAUCAUCAGCAAGACCUCCCUCAAGACAAAAACGCCCCUCAUCAUCCAGAGCUGAAAAUAUUACAUCAUUGAAUGGAGGUAAAUCAACAACAUCUACAGCAGGAUCAAGCAUGGAAGAUAGGAGGGUAGCCUUUCAAGCAACAUCCCCAUCGGAAUUACAACCAGAAAAACCAAAUCAAAAAAACCCUCCAUUAAGGACCAAUACGGAGUACAACAACCCUGAUGCCCUGAUACACAAUUUUCAGCAAACUAAGCCAAUCUCAAAACCAUUUGGGCAAAACUAUUUAAAUGAUAAAUCUCAAGAGGAAUCGAAUAUUGAUAUUGCAGAAUUUAGGCCUAAAUUUCAAGGAUCUGCCUCUGCACACAAAAAGGAAAAACCGACCACCACUACUUCGAAACUGCAACAAGGAUCACAUGAACACACCAUUGGACUGAUUUUAAAUGAAUACGAACGAGGAAUGGUACUGUAUGAUAAGGGACAAUAUGAAGCCUCUCUUGAACGUUUCAAUGAAUGUCUCAAUAUAUUUAUGAAAUCUAAAAUUGAGGAUGCAGAGAUGUGUGCCAAUAUCUUUUUAGCAAUGGGAAUUUCUUACUAUGGACAAGGUGACGAAGAAUCUGCCUUAGAAUUGUAUCAUAGAUGUAUUCAAAGGUUGGAGGAUAAGUUUGGAAAAAAUUUUCCUGGUAUUGUCUCUCCACUUGUUAAUAUUGCACUCGUUUACACCAAUCAAAAGAGAUUUGAUGAAGCAUUGGGCAUGUUUCAAAAGGCACAAAAAUUAGCUGAAAAUAUUUUGGGAGACGAUCGCUUAUGUUUGUCAGAUAUUUAUCACAAUAUGGGAGUAAUAUUCGACCAUCAAUCUAGAUUAGAGGACGCUAUUGAUUAUUACGAUAAAUCCAUAAGAAUACGAGAGAAAAUUUUAGGAGAGGAUCACCCAAUUACGGCACUUACCUAUGAAAAUAUGUCCCAAGUUUUGAAAGAUUUAAGAAAAUUCAAAAAAGCUGUCGAAUAUCAAAAUAAGGUGAUUGCCAUCCGAAAGAAACAUCUUGGUGUGAAUACAUAUGACUAUGCUUUGGCUCUACACAACAUGGGAUUAAUAUUAUUUAAGGAUAGAAAUCUUCCACAGGCUCUAAAUUAUUUCCAAAAAGCAUAUAAACUACGAGAACAGUUGUUAGGAGAAGAUCAUGAAGUUACAAAAGCAUCAAGGCAACUCUACGAAGAAAUUGAUAAGCGGUUAAGUGAAAAGAAAAAACGAGUCACAUCUCUUUCGCACUCUAUUGUUAGUAAUACCAAUAAAUAA